AUGGAUAAGCUGCCGGUAGAGAUUCUGUCUAAAAUCAUCGACCACCUCGCUCCACGAGAAAAGGUCCAACUUCAAUCCAUUUCAAAAACAUUCUUUGAUCUCGCCCGUGAUAACAAUCAAUGGAGAUUGCACUGCUAUGACGAAUCAUGGGCUGCUCGGCAGGCUGCCCGCUGGGCAGCUAGGCCCCCGGAGAGUCUGGCUGUCGACGCGACUGCUUCAUUGGCGACCCUAGGGCAGGAAUCUCUGCGUGAUAUCAUUCAGCCUUCUGCACCACUAGCGAGUGAUGGUACCCCUGGACUGUCUACGAGCGAGAGGGCGAGGGCAGCAGCAGAAUGGGACUCGUCGGCUGAGGGGGAGCAUGUGGACUGGUAUUCGGAAUACAUUGCUCGCCAAGGGCCGAUAUCUUUAUCAUGGGUCGAGCAGCCCACGGUCCGCAAGGGCGAAGGAAAACCAGGGCAGCUCUGUGAGGUCAAAGGCAUGGGGCUGCUCAAAGACUGGAGUUUAGCCAGGCAGAACAAGAUCAUUGCCCCGCUUGAAGAUGGCAGCGUCUGCAUCUGGGAUCUGAAUCACUCCCACUCGGCCGACUCCCAAGCAAGUAAGGGCAGAAUCCUUGGGGUCAGUGAGCCUGGUAUUCUCAUGACCAACCUCUCUGGUCGUCGGGAUCACUCCCCCUCUAAGUCUUCAUUGGAUUUUAUCAAUCUGGGCGAGGGAGUGAGCGUGGAUUCUCUGCGACAAAGAGCCUACCUGGCAGUUGGGAAUGUUCUUAAUGAAGUUGACUUGGAGACAUUAAAAGUGAUUUCGCAGCAGCGCUAUCCCUGGUCGAUUUUUGCCCUUUCCCAGGAGACAGACUACUCAGUGCCCUUGACACUAGCCACAACGCUCAGUCUGCAGAUCUAUGACUCCAGACUGUCGGCUGUCGAGGAAGAAGAGGCAAUCAGUUCACGAUGCGAACAGGUAGUCCGCCCAUAUGCCCCUGAACUGGGCAUUUUUGCCCACUCUGAUUCGCCCUUGUUCCAACUUCAAUCAAAUGGACAGCCACCUAUCCGCAUACGCAGUCCAGGACCCUCGGAUAAAGGAGCCAACUACGCACCGCUCUUCCAACCUGGCCCUCUUUCUAUCCUGCACCCGCCAGCUCCUCAUGUGAAUACAAUUCUCCUCGCUGGUCGCUUUCCCAGCAUUCUAUGCUAUGACCGCCGCUACUUCCCUCGGCUACAGACCACAGUCCAUUCCGGCGGCCGACUUUGUGGUCUUGCCUCAGUACCAGCGCCUCGGUUCCCCGUGUUCUCAGACUCCACCUACCCUUCGUCACAUUCCGUCGUGGCAUGCGGAGACUACAAUGGACGAGGCUCGCUGGAACUCUAUAAUCUCAAACCAGCACGCGAAGAAGACCACAGCCCCCCAAACACGACAUCCAGCCUCACCCCAGAAUAUAAGAACCGCCAAAGCGCCGCGAGUUCCAAAUUACUUUCCGUGGAGUCGCACGGCAAUCGCAUCGUUUUUUCCGACGCCGAGGGGAAUAUCAAGUGGACCGAGCGAAACGGUCGUGCAGAAGUCAGGCGGUGGAAUAUCAAUACCUCCCAGCCUCAGAUCCCAUUCGGUCGUCGUAGUCGACAGCCAACCCCGCUAACAGAAGAAGACCAGCAGCCGCGUGGGCUCUGGCCUUCUCAAUCGUCGGGCAAUAACGAGGUAGCUCGCAAGAUCCUCCCCACUGGUGGAAAUCUCACUGGAGAUGAGCUGCUUAUCUGGACUGGAGAGCGGAUUGGUCGUCUCAAGUUUUCCAUUCCUGCAGAUUAUGCGAUGGUGGUCGAUGAUAGAGAAGUUGAUGAAGAUGAUGACGUGUUCAUGCAUGCGGAAGUCGAUGAAGCUACACGUGAAGAAAUGCGGCAUAGACGGCGUGACGAUUGGGAGAGAGAGCAGAGAUAUGGGGAUUACAUGCGCCGUGCGCUUGAGAGGCAGGCGGAUGAGGUCCGUUGGAUGGGUAGUCAAGGACUUGGCUGA